GUAAACAUCAAAAGAGGAUGAUUUGAACAGGACAUGGAAUUAACUGCUAUUGGAGGAAAAUGUGGAUGAUCUGAUAGCUGGCAGAGUGAAUGUGGCCUGCACUUUAUAAUCAAGGAAAAUGUUAACAACUGGGGAGCAGAAUGAGUGAGAAAAGUCUUUCAAGGCUUGUGGUGAUUGAUAAACUAUAUUAUGGUUGACACACACAUGCUAUGUUUUGCAUAAAAGUGCUAACAUCCAACUGAGUGGAAAAGCAGGGAAAGGAAAGGAUUUAAAGGACUUCACUUUAAGAGCAACUAGGAUUAAGGAGGCAUUAGCUGUAAUGCUGGAGAGCCACUAUUAGAGAGUCAAGCACAUCGUAACAAAAAACAGCUGUUUUUGAAAUAAAUAUGGUUUAGACUUUCCUAUGUUAGCCAUGGAUGUAGCACUUUCUCCCAUGAGAACACAAGAACUGGAUCCAAUGCCGUCUGAUGCAUCUCCCAUGCUUAUAAACAUGACUCCUACAAUGGAACAAGAUGGGGAAGAGGAUGCCAUAAAGGAUCUUGAUUCUGGCCAACAGUAUGAAAAGCCUCCUCCUCUACACACUGGGGCUGAUUGGAAAAUUGUUCUCCACUUGCCAGAAAUUGAGACCUGGCUUCGGAUGACAUCUGAAAGAGUCAGGGAUCUGACCUACUCUGUCCAGCAGGACUCAGAUAGCAAGCAUGUGGACGUGCAUCUAGUACAGCUGAAGGAUAUUUGUGAAGAUAUAUCCGAUCAUGUUGAACAAAUUCAUGCUCUACUAGAGACUGAGUUUUCCCUGAAGCUUCUGUCUUACUCUGUCAAUGUGAUAGUCGAUAUCCAUACAGUACAACUACUCUGGCACCAGCUACGAGUUUCUGUUCUGGUUCUGAGAGAGCGUAUUCUCCAGGGACUACAAGACGCCAAUGGAAACUACACCAGGCAGACUGAUAUUCUGCAAGCAUUUUCUGAAGAGACUAAAGAGGAUCGUCUUGACUCUUUAACUGAAGUUGAUGAUUCUGGGCAGUUAACCAUCAAAUGUUCUCAAAAUUACUUGUCCCUGGAUUGUGGUAUUACUGCAUUUGAACUAUCUGACUACAGUCCUAGUGAGGAUUUGCUUGGUGCUCUGGAUGAUAUGACCUCCAGCCAAGGGAAAGCAAAAUCAUUUGAAUCCUGGAACUAUAGUGAGAUGGAUAAGGAAUUUCCAGGACUUAUCAGAAGUGUGGGUUUACUUGCAGUAGCUACCGAUUCCAUUGCUUCCCAGUGUAAUGAAGCAUUAAAGGAGAAAGAAACCCAUGUACCUCUUUCAGCCAAAGAUGGAGAAGAAAGCAAAGACAAGAAAGCACCACAUGAUCUCUCACUAGCAUCUCUUUCUGCGAAUUCCUCUCUUUCUAAAGGACCUUGCUCUGAAAAUGUUAUUUUACCUACUGAGAGCAAACCAGUUUCCACAUCAAAGAAUCCAGAAUGCAGUCUUCCACAGCACACCGGUGAAAAAAUCAAACACUCUCACUGUGAAACCUCAACUCCUAAGAGGUCCAUAAGAGACUGCUUUAACUAUAAUGAAGACUCUCCUACGCAGCCUACACUGCCAAAAAGAGGUCUAUUUCUGAAAGAUGAUGUGUUUAAAGAUUGUAUUGAAGCUAAUGAUUUAAAAAGGCAAAUCUCUCAAAUAGUGAAAAAUGAAAUGAGUAGAAGUACACCCUCAUUGUUAGAUCCACCAGACAGGUCCAAGCUUUGCCUAGCUUUACAGUCACCCUAUACUAACAGUCCAUUUGCAGUUAGUCAGUCAUAUGAUUGCUUAAAUACAAUAAGUGAUAGAAAUCUUGAUUACACAAUAAAGAAUCACUUUAAAGACAGUCCCAUAAUUCUAGGAAAGUCUACUUUCUACACCUGUAAAGAAACAUCAAAGCACAAGAAGUGUCAUGAUGCUCCAGAGAAAGUGAAAGCUGGCAGAACACCUGGAAAUAUUUGUAAAACAGCUCCAUCAACACAAGACAAAAAAGGAGGAUAUUCUCUACAGAAUGGAAUCACUCCUCAUAACUCUCAAUCUCUGGAGGAGACAGAAACAGAUUCUUCUGCAUCAUCAGAUUCUUGUAACCAGAAAGAUCCAAAUGGGCAAUCACAAGGUAAAACUGAGCCCUUUAGUUCACCAACACAUAGCCAAAAGACUGCUUCUUCAGCUGGUUCUGAGCUUUCCAACUCAUCCCCUCUUCUACUGACGAGAAAGAAAAAUAAAAGCUUAUCCUCUACAACACACUAUACUCAAAAAACCAGGAAAGACAGUGAGGUGUGGUAUGGAUCUGAUGAAUAUUUAGCACUUCCUUCACAUCUCAAACAGACUGAAGUACUAGCUUUAAAACUGGAAAAUUUGACCAAGUUGCUGCCCCAAAAGCCCAGAAGAGAAACCAUUCAAAACAUUGAUGACUGGGAGCUCUCAGAAAUGAACUCAGAUUCGGAAAUGUAUCCAACAUAUCAGACAAAAAAGCACAAAAAAAGGGGUAGAAUUUCACCAAGCUCUUCAAGUGAUAUAGUAUCCUCCUUAGGUGACAGUAUUGAAUCUGGGCCUCUCAGUGAUAUUCUCUCUGAUGAAGAUCUUUGUAUGCCUGUAUCUUGCAUUAAAAAAUACAUUGAAGAAAAGUCAGAAAGGACUGCUGUCACUCAGCCCACUGGGAAUGAGACUUCUGCUUCAAAUAAAUCAGCUUUAAUUCAUCAACUGAUGCAAGAUAUACAACAUCAAGAGAAUUAUGAAACCAUAUGGGAAAAAAUUGAGGGGUUUGUAAGCAAACUGGAUGAAUUCAUUCACUGGUUAAAUGAAGCCAUGGAAACAACAGAGAAUUGGACUCCUCCUAAAGCAGAGACAGACAGCCUUAAACUGUACCUGGAGACACACUUGAGUUUUAAGUUGAAUGUAGAUAGCCACUCUGCUUUAAAAGAAGCAGUGGUAGAAGAAGGACGCCAACUUCUUGAGCUUAUUGUAUCUCACAAAUCAGAAGGACUGAAGGACAUGCUGCAGAUGAUUGCAAGUCAGUGGAAAGAACUACAGAAGCAAAUCAAACGGCAACACAGCUGGAUUCUUAGGGCUCUGGAUAUCAUCAAAGCAGAAAUACUGGCUACUGAUGUGUCUGCAGAGAAUGAGGAAGGGACUGGAACCCCUAAGACUGAGGUUCAGCUAUGCUAUCUGGAAGCACAAAGAGAUGCUGUUGAACAGAUGUCCUUAAAACUGUACAGUGAGCAGUACAACAGUAGUAGCAAGCGAAAGGAAGAGUUUGCUGAUAUGUCAAAAGUUCACACAGUGGGAAGUAAUGGCCUUUUGGACUUUGAUUCAGAAUACCAGGAGCUCUGGGAUUGGCUGAUUGACAUGGAAUCCAUUGUGAUGGACAGCCAUGACCUGAUGAUGUCAGAGGAGCAGCAGCAGCAUCUUUACAAGAGAUACAAUGUAGAAAUGUCAAUCAGGCAUCCGAAAAAGAUGGAACUGCUUAGUAAGGUUGAAGCUCUGAAGAAAAGUGGUGUUUUACUACCAAAUGAUCUCCUUGAAAAAGUGGAUUCAAUUAAUGAAAAAUGGGAACUGCUUGGGAAAACCCUAGGAGAGAAGAUCCAAGACAUAAUGGUAGGGCACAGUGGGUUAGGUCCACGUGACCUGCUCUCGCCUGAAAGUGGCAGCCUGGUAAGGCAGCUGGAGGUCAGGAUCAAAGAGCUGAAAGGGUGGCUGAGAGAUACAGAGCUUUUCAUCUUCAAUUCCUGUCUGAGACAAGAAAAUGAAGGAACAAUGAAUGCUGAGAAACAACUGCAAUAUUUUAAGUCUUUAUGCUGUGAGAUCAAACAGAGACGUCGUGGGGUAGCCUCUGUGCUGCGAUUAUGCCAGCACCUCCUGGAUGAUCAGGAGACCUGCAACCUAAAUGCAGAUCACCAGUCCAUGCAGUUGAUAAUUGUAAACCUCGAGAGAAGGUGGGAAGCUAUUGUCAUGCAAGCUGUCCAGUGGCAAACAAGGCUACAGAAGCGAUUGGAAAAAGACUCGGAGCCUCUGAGUGUUAUUGAUCCCAGUUUGAUGGAUCUAAAUGGUCCAAGUGAAGAUGCACUAGAAUGGGAUGAAACUGACAUAAGUAAUAAGCUGAUCAGUAUUCAUGAAGACUUAAGUGAUCCUGAUCAGGAGCUCAAGAAGGAUGACCUAAACCAGAAACCUGCUUCAGGAGAAUGUGAUGAUAAUGAUGUGAAUGAAGACGAAAGUAUCAGUAAUCGUGGAAGUCCUCUUUAUUGUUCCAACAUUACUUCCCCUCCAAAUCCUCACAUCUAUCAGGUCUAUAGUCUUCAUAAUAUUGAAUUAUCAGAAAAAACCCACAUGCCUUUUUUGAAAAAAACAUCCAGACUCUCCAAUGUAACACAGUCUAACAUUUUAAACAAAAGUCUUAGUAAAGACUCAUCAUUUUCAUCUACCAAAUCCCUGCCAGAUCUAAUAGGGGGGACCACACUGACAAAACCUUAUAACUACAUAUAUCAGAGUGGAAACAUAAGCAGGCAUUCGGAGAGUGAGAGUGGGAUAGUGAGUGAAUGUGAUACAGAAACUACAAAUAAUUCAGAAAUUUUUUUGCUAAAUGAUAUUGAAAGCACUCAGAGUAAUCCUGAAAUUGGGCAUGUGGAAAGUCAAGUGAAUGAUGUAAUACAUCAAAAAAUAAAGCAAGAUGAAGAAGACCAUGCUAAUCUCUCAGAUGAUUUCCAGUUGGCACCUUCUGCAUGUUGUGGAAGUGAAAAUGGUGAGGAUUUGGACAGCAUUACCAUGUCUAACCCUGUUUCUCUAGAAGAAUUGCAAGGAAAACAUGACGUGUUUACAUUUUAUGAUUACUCAUAUCUUCAAGGCUCCAAAUUCAAAUUACCGGUGGUAAUGAAACAAUCACAAAUUGAAAAAACACAUACAGAGGGUAGUUUGUUUCAUGACAUUUGUUUUGAUAAAAUGCCUGGUAACUCUGAACAGAAGUCUGUAGAGUCACAACCAGAUGAGUUUAUUCAUGACCACACUCUGGCAAGUAUUUGUGGAGAAUCAGAUCCCAAUUGCUGUAAAUCUACAGAAACUGUAAGAAAAUUAACUGUUACAGAGAAUACAAGACUGGUUUCAGCUUUAUCUCGUAGUUCUUCAUUAGAAUCUCUGUCUGUAGUAGGGGAUUUAUUCAGCUCAGGUAUUUUUAAAAGUGGAGAUGGUCUUCAACGAAGUACCUCUUUGGAGAGCUGGCUGACUUCCUACAAAAGCAACGAAGAUCUUUUUAGUCAUCAUGGUUCAGGAGACAUAAGUGCAAGCAGUGAUUCCAUUGGAGAGCUCAGUAAAAGGACGUUAGAUCUCUUGAAUCGCUUAGAGAAUAUCCAGAGUCCUUCAGAUCAAAAGAUAAAGCGCAGCAUCUCUGAUAUAACACUCCAAAGUAGCUCUCAAAAAAUGUCUUUUACUGGACAGCUGUCUCUAGAUAUUGCAUCUUCGAUCAAUGAAGAUUCAGCAGCUUCUCUCACUGAACUCAGCAGCAGCGAGGAUCUUUCUCUCUGCUCUGAAGACAUUGUACUGCACAGAAAUAAAAUACCAGAUUCAAAUGCAUCAUUUAGAAAACAUCUUAAUAGGUCUGUAGCUGAUGAGAGCGAUGUCAAUGUCAGCAUGAUUGUUAACGUCUCCUGCACUUCUGCAUGUACUGAUGAUGAAGAUGACAGUGAUUUGCUUUCAAGUUCCACUCUUACCUUAACUGAGGAAGAGCUAGGUAUCAAAGAUGAAGAUGACGACUCCAGUAUAGCAACUGAUGAGGAUAUUUAUGAAGAAUGCAAUUUAAUUUCAGGACUUGAUUAUAUAAAAAAUGAACUCCAAACCUGGAUUAGACCAAAAUUUUCUUUGACAAGGGAGAAAAGAAAAAGUAACCUCAGUGAUGAAAUUCAGCACAGUAAAGAAGUUAGUAACGAGACAUCUAAAGCCACAGAUACAUUAAGCAUUGAAACACUAUUGAAUGGUUCAGUACAGAAAAUGUCAGAAAAUAAUGGCAAUAGUAAGAAUAUACCAUGUGAUCAUGAAAAAGGGACAAAGAGUCACCCAAUGAAAGACAUCUCUCAGGUUGUGAAGGAUCAGCUUGUGGAUGAUAUGGAGAAUGGCAAUGUUGAAAAUACUCUUGGUGGUCAAAAGGAAGGUGGUGUUAAAAUAGCAGCAACACCCAAAACUCAUGCAUCACUUGAUGUCAGAGAAGCUGAAAAUGAAGGUUGUGUCUGUGAAGCAUUUACAGACAGUUCAGAUGAUUCACAUAUGGAUGGUAAAGAGACUAUUCUGUCCUCAGCUGGAUUCAGAACCCCUCCAAAAGAAUGUCAAAGUCAUCUUCAGCCUGAUCAUCACUCUGCUGCUUCCUCUCCUGCUAAAAAGCCUUGUCUUGAAUCUUCCUCAGAAAUUAGUUCUGUAGGCAUGCAAGGUACAGCUUUACAGGCAUCCUUACCUAGUGGUCAACAACACAGAAUAAGCAUUGCUGAAAAAUUUGCUGAUUGCUGUGCUGCCUUGAAAUCCAGUAAAGCAGAAUGCACUUCCUCAGCCAAUGGUCUUGAUUUGUGCUGUAACUGUGAAUCUGCUGAUUUUGAUAAAAAAACCAUGGAGGAUGGCUCAGUACACAAUUUUGUGAAGGAGAUAAUAGACAUGGCAUCAACAGCUUUGAAAAGUAAGUCACAGCCUGAAUGUGAGUCAUCUACUCCAGCUUCAUUAGCACAGAUCAAGGAAAAAGUGUUAGAACACUCUCAUAGACCCAUCCAGCUAAGAAAAGGGGACUUCUAUUCUUACCUUUCACUUUCUUCUCAUGAUAGUGACUGUGGAGAGGUAUUCAAAUAUAUAGAGGAAAAGAGCAGCACUCCUGUGCCACUGGACUUUACAGAUGAGAGAGAAAAUAUUGAAUGCUUUUUUGAAGCCUGUCCUGAGGAAGAAUGGGUUGAGCAGCAGCAAUCCAUUUCUAAUGGUUCUCCUGAAGCACAAGUUGAGCAGCAGCAACCUAUUUCUAACCCUAUUUCUGAAACAUUUGCAGAGUCACUAGGUGAAGUGACUCCAGAGUCAUUAGAAGUUAAAACUUCACCUGAAGGUAGGGAUUUAUCUUUUUUAUGUGGGAAUGACAAUAAUAUCAAUGUCCCAAAUCCUAACAAACAUAAUCCAUCAAAUAAUUUGAAAAAUGCUAAUGAUGAUUUGCUGAUUUCAGAUGGACAGACUGAAAGUUUUGAGAAGAAUUUUCCAGAGCUUAGCACUAAAAAGAGUAGUACAGGGAAAUCACCUGGAACUGAAGAGCACAAAGGAUGUGUUGCUGCUUCUGAAGAGGCUUCAGCUAUAGAGUUUCAGAUAAAGCCUGGCCAUUCACAGAAAAAGGACGUUUUGCAUCAGAACAGAAAAACUCUUACUUGUGAAGAAAAUCUCCUGAAACUUCAUAAGGAAAGACAUAUAAAUAUGCACAGAUAGAAUGUAACCAUCUCAAGGCAUGUACAUUAUUCUAGAAACAGGUAUGUACUCUACAAGUUGCACUUUUUUUUUUUUUUAGCUUUUUUUAGGUUUUGGGAGUUUUUUUACAUUUUUGUACAAUGAAAGGAGAUGAAUUGCCAGCCAGGGCUUCUGUUUCAUUACAGUGCUAUAUCAUUUGUUUUGAUUACACUAUAAUCCUAAUUUACACGCCACCAGUCAACAAAUGCAGUGAAUACUAAUGGUUUUUUGCCCUUUGGCUUUGCAUUGACGGGAGCUGCUCCCUUCUGGAACAAAUCUGCUAUCUUGCAGAACUUGGGAAUUCUUCAAAAGUAAUAUAUCAGCCUCUUCUUCCCUCCUCAACUGAGCUGUGGAACCAGAAACAAGCUCUACUCAUUAAUGCUCUUCUACACAGUCAGCCGACCUUGGGAGGGGUUCAAAAGCACUUGCUGAAGCUGAACCUGCAAUCCUACAAGAAUUUUGGGUGCCUAGUGAGUUGGAGUUCUACAAUAUUUGCAGACAAACCAGGAAGAAUGGCUAAGCAGACUGGAGAAUAGAGAGAUAAUAAGUCAUCUUUGGAUGUCAGUUUACCAUGAUUUAAAUUCAAUAGGCCAUUAUUAAGAACCCAAUUAUUACAACACAGUGUUAGACCAAAAGCUGAGGUUACAAAAACAAGACAUCUUUGCAGCAUCGUUAAAGACAUCGUUAAAGUGUGGGGGUAGUGUAGAAUAAAGACCUGAAUACCAAAGCAGAUGGAAACUCAUAGCCACACAGCUUACUGCAAGCUUUGGUUCUAUUUUGUGGUAAGCAUUUUGAAACACAAAUAAGAUAGUGGAACCUAAGAUGAAAAGGUGGCCCUAGUCUCUUCCAAAAUUUGAAAGUGGUUCAGAUCUGGAGUUUCUGACCUCACAUAAAUGCUCAACUAUUACUGCACAUUUAACAACAGAAGAAGAUCUACAAAGCAACUUUUGAAUCAGUUCCUAAUAUGUAGCACUGCUGCUUUGAAUCUCACUAGUGGUUCCGUGCCAAAAGCCAGCAUAGCUACAUGGAAUGCCAUUAGUCUUUGGAAACACUCUUCUAGUAGACCACAGCCAGCAUGGCAACUCCAAAUACCAAUCCAAUUCCAAAUGCCGCUGCUUGCCAGAAGCUGUAGCAAGGCUAAGCAUGGGACCAAGUUUCCCUGGGAAAUUCUGGAAUCUCCAUCCAUGGAGAUUUUCAAAAUUCAGGUGGACAUGGCCCUGAAUAAUCUUGUCUACCUUUGAAAAUAGCCCUUCUUUGAGCAAGAGGUUGGACCAGUUGAUGUUCAAGUUUCCUUCCAACCUAAGUUAUGCUAUGAUUCCUUGACGUUGCUAGGAGAAAAGGCUGUUAUUCAUCACUGCCCACUGAAACCACUAGUGCUCUCGUAUUGCAACUACAUAGCUGUAGCAGAGUAUCUCGUCCUGUUUAUACAAAAUAGAUUGUUUUUCUGCUCUUAGAUAUCUAACUCCCGCAUCUCCUGAUUUUGCUAUGGUAUAUUACUAUGCUUUGGGCUUUUCAUUUACAUAUAUUGGCGGUUUACCCAGCAUUCACAUUCACAUAUGUAAAAAUAUAUCUAGCAAAGCCUUUAGGUUAUGACAGCAAUAGUCUACAGCUUUCCACUAACUCAACACGUAUCUAUUUGACUAAUGCAUUGUCUUGGAACCAUCAUAGCGAAGAGGAUAUUUCUGGAAUGGCCUUGAAAUAGGCUACCAUGACCUGCUGAUUGUCAAUUAGGUUAAUACUUGGACACAUCCAAACAACUGGAGAAGCACUGGAAAUCAACUAGGAAUUACAAAACUCAUAGAUGAUACAAUGUGUUCUAGAAUCACAUUAAAUGGAUUAUAUGUAUAUAGAAGCUUCUAUUUGGAAAUUGAGAUGCUGACAAAAGUCUGAGGUUGAUAAGUGAUAAUUAUGUAAACAUAAGCUUUCCUAAAUUACUGGUUUAUUAGUUUUCUUAUUUUUUUCACUAAUUUUUAUAAUAUUGAUUUGAGGAAGAAUACUUGCUAUAGUGAGUGUGAUUUUAUUCUUGUUCUCAUUCUUUCACUGGUGAAGAUAAUAACAUCUUUUCAAUUCAUUAGUACUUUACCUCUGAGGAUCUCAAAAUACUGUAUAAACCUUUCCUCACUCAUUAGAACUUCAUAGUUACAUGCAUGGUAGCCAGCUGUUUUUUUCAUAAGACUGGGAUAUGACAAUAUGCAGUUGGUGUGAGGACAUAGAGGAUAGAGUUAUUAAUAAAUGCUCCACAAUGCAAUAAAAUGUAAUGCAGAAUUUGUAUGCAACAAUUUAAUAUGGUUAGGUUAUAGUUUCCAAUUUUUGCCCAGCAGUUGACAAAUAAUUUGAAGCUAACAAAGCCCUCCACACUACAUCCCACUUUUUAUAUUUAGGAAGAUACACUGGUUUCUUAACUGGUACAUAUAGCAUUGCUUCCAUGGAAAUUCUGUACUGUAUUAUUCCCAAUAGUGAAGUUUGGAAUACAUAUAGUUUAUCUCAGGCACACAAAAAAUGAAAAUAUGAGCUGCUAGGUUUGGUUUCACUAAAGUCUGAGCUCCCUUCCCCCAUUCACAAGCUUGAUGUUUUAACUUCAUCUCUCAUGCUAUGGGGAAUGAAUUACAGAAGCAAUCUAUCCUAAUUUGUUAACUUAUUCAAAUAACAGUUAUUAUACUUAACUAUGCUAAAGAUUAUCUUUUUGGUGGCAGAUUGUUUAUUUUUUGAUGAGGCUAAUUACUGAUUUUCCAAAGGUAAUUUACAUUUAUUACUAAUACAUCUUUUAAAAUGUGACAGAUAAAUGUUGUUCCCAUAAGUGUAUUAUGAAAAAAGUUACUAUUUAAAAACACAUUAUUUAAUUUGAAAGAUAAAUGGCAAACACCAUUAUUUUCCCUGUAGCACCUGUGCUGUAAGCUCAUUUAAAUGUGUAAUUCCAUGUGUAGCUGCAAUACUUAGGGAAAAAUAAUCUAUAGUAUAUGUGUACCUUAAAAGCAUACCGAGAAUUCAAAGUUGAAAAAGGCAUGAUUUCAAAUGUAGGUUGAUUUUGUACUGUUUCAGUAUUUACUUUGGCUGUACAGGAAAAUAAAACUAGUAGUGAAUAAAUAUUUUUGCCAAAUAUUGCAAUGCUGUUAUUUAGUAGUGUGCUACAAAAAAAAUAAAUUAAAAAAAGACCAUUGUGGGAAAAUUAUAAUAAUUAUAUAGGCAGGCUCAAAAAUAUCUCUGUCAGCACUGACUAGUCUCUCAGAUGAGCCAACACGGAGAUCUUCAACAGAGGUGCUCAUAAAGCUAUGCUGAUUUUAUUUCUCAGUGAGGGGUCACCUUGAAAGAACUAUCUUUCUGUACGUGAAAUCAGGUGAUCUUCUGCUGUCACUGUGACCUAUGACUCACCAAUGGGAUGGGAAUUUUUAGUUACAUAUUCAAUAUUCAUAGAUAUCAAUACAUUAAGGAGGUUUAUGUGUUCUGUCCAAAGUCUUUUCUAUAGGACACCUUAGAAUUCUGUAUGUAAUCUGUUAGUUCUUACAAGUAAGUCCAAAAGCUAUUUCCUUCCUUCUGUAAUUUAACUUAAUUUAGGGAAAAUAUCAUAUACUUGGACUAAGAAAACUAAAUUGAUUUUAUCUGACAGUGCUGCAAUGUUAGUUAGAAUAUCCUGCCACUUACCAUUACCAGGAGAAACCUAGGACUGGUGCUCAGAAAGCUUGACUGUUAUUUCCUGCUCAGCAAUAGAUUAUUUUUUUUAUGACUUAUUCCUUCAUUGUCUGAGUUUCUUUAGCAAGAAAAGAAUAAGAAUAAUGAUCCAUGGGACCUAUGAAGCAUGAUUUAUUUACUUAAAAAUAUUUUGAGAUCCACAGAUAAAAGAUGGUACAUAAAUGCAAAAGACUGUUAAUUAUUUACUGAAGGAGAAAAAUAAUAUGCAAGUUUACACAAUAGUUAAUAUGUAAUAAUUUACUUUUAGAGACUGGAACUACCAGAAUAAUCUAAAUCUUUGCUUAUCCUUUUUUUCUUGGAAGUUUUUAUAGGAAAGUAAAUACUAUGAAGUUUCUUUAUAGAGUUUAAAACAGUCUGACUUUUUUAGCUCCUUACAGUAGCUGACUUUAAAAAAAUCUAAAAAAAACCCAGAUAGUCUUGUAUUGUCUGUGAAUUACAAAAUUUUUGAAAAACUUGUCAUAAUCCAUCAGUGAGACUUUUCUUAGUCUAGAUAUGUGCAACUCAUGCCAGAGUUGUAGAUACCUUUUGAUACAAUCUUCCUCUUUAUUCAGAUCAGUUCUUCAUUAAUAUCUAAACAAACUGUUGAGCUUUUACUAUUUUCAAGUAAGUGUGUUUCUCAUCUAAAUGGGGAGGGUGGUGGUCAGUUGCAGCAAAGAAGAUCAAAGAAGAAGGUCACUGGAUAGAUCCAGAUAUUCCUGCUUAACUUGGAAGGCACAUAAUGCAUGUCUGGAGUGCCUCCUAGGAAAUGCCUGUGAGAUGUGCUUUGCACUAAUCUUUGAGCUGUAUUCUGACAGUUAUUUCUUCAUAAUCCUCAUCAUAAGCCUGUGCUCUUUGCUGAAUAGUUUAACCCUAUAUUCUGAGCUGGAUAAUUCUAUAGUAUGCAAAUUUGACUCAUCACUGGUACUAGAAGUGUCUAAAUAGUUAUUUACAAUUUAAAAAUGCAGUGAUGACACUGACAGUUCUAUUCACGGGUACUUAUAUGACAAUCCUUUCCUCUUCAUUGAAAUUUUAAUAUAUAUGUUUGCACAAAUAUUAAAAUAAUUGAUGGGUAGAUCUUUUUGUUGCUUAACUUUUGAAAAUUUCUGUGUUUUCAUUGAUUGGUGCACUUCUGAGUGUGCUGAAGGUAAGUUCACAGGUAAGGAUGAGAACAGAAUCCAGGGAAAAAGUCAAAUGUGAUGAAUACCCUUGUUUCUUUAGAAACAAAGUCUUUAUGAAAAUCAAUGAGUUUUCUACAUCAGUUCAUUUUUUACACCAACUUGUACCUCAGGCUGUUAAAAGUCAUUGUUUGCCUACUGUAUGCUUCUGCAUUAAAGGCUCUGGCAUAUGACCAUUUAAUGAUUAUCUAUGAUUGUUCUGGAAGACCUAUGUUUUGCAAAUAAAACUUCAUUUUCUGUAACCUA